AUGCUUUCCUUUCUCCAGAACCCCCGCCAGGCCGCGGCUCAAGUGCUGAACUUCGCCCUCAUUCUUUCUACGGCGUUCAUGAUGUGGAAAGGUCUUUCAGUAGCGUCAGACUCUCCAUCGCCAAUUGUUGUCGUAUUGUCUGGCUCCAUGGAACCUGCAUUCCAGCGUGGAGACCUCUUAUUUCUAUGGAACAGGAAUUUACUUGAAGAAACCAAGGUUGGGGAAAUUGUGGUUUACAAUGUCAAGGGAAAGGAUAUACCUAUUGUGCAUCGAUUGGUUAGAAAGUUUGGCGCAGGGCCCAAAGCAAAGUUAUUGACAAAGGGAGACAACAAUGUGGCAGAUGAUACAGAAUUAUAUGCGCGUGGACAAGAUUAUAUUGAGAGAGAAGAUAUUAUUGGCAGUGUAGUGGGAUAUAUACCAUUUGUAGGAUAUGUUACUAUCUUGCUCAGCGAGCACCCUUGGCUUAAGACUGUUAUGUUGGGAAUGAUGGGGUUGGUUGUGGUUCUACAGAGAGAAUGA